AUGGUGAGAUUGGCAAGCAACACGGAGUCCAAAAACCUAACAUUUGUGUUACAAUUCCUUCUUCUGGGAUUUACAGAUGACCCAGAACUCCAGUCGCUCAUCUUCAGUCUCUUCUUGUUCAUAUACUUGGUCACCAUCCUGGGAAACCUGCUCAUAAUCCUAGUUAUAAGCUUUGAGUCCCCCCUCCAUACGCCCAUGUACUUCUUCCUCUCUCACUUGUCCUUUAAUGACAUCUGUUGCAGCACAGUCACAGUCAUCAAGAUGCUGGUGAACAUCCAAGCAAAUGAUCAGAGCAUCACCUACACAGCCUGCCUCACACAGCUCUUCUUUGCACUUGUUUUUGCAUACUUUGAAAAUUUUCUCCUUGCGGUGAUGGCCUAUGACCGCUAUGUAGCUAUUUGUUACCCCUUGAUGUAUAAUAUUAUUAUGAAACCUAACCUAUGUGUUCUGCUCUCACUGUUCUCUGUGUUCAUUAGUGUUAUUGGUGCCUUGAUGCACACUUUGAUGGUGCAGCGGCUGUCCUUCUGCACAAAUCUGGAAAUCCCCCACUUCUUCUGUGAACUUGUUCAGGUCAUCAAGCUGUCCUGUUCUGACACCCUCAUUGACCACAUCAUGCUCUUUGUUGCAACUUGUGUACUUGGUGGUGUUCCUCUUUGUGGAAUCAUUUAUUCUUAUUAUCACAUUGUGUCUACAGUCUUAAGAAUAGCAUCACUGGAGGGAAAGUGCAAAGCCUUUUCUACCUGUGGGACUCACUUGACAGUGGUUUCCUUAUUUUAUGGGGCUGGUUCUAUUUUAUCUAUCAGCUCUGCACUGAGUGCCUUACCAAGAAAAUCUGCAGUGGCUUCAGUGAUGUAUUCUGUGUUUCCUCAAAUGAUAAACCCCUUUAUCUACAGUUUAAGGAACAAAGACAUGAAAAUCGCCAUAAGAAAUCUUUUAAGUUCAAUUAUGUCACUUGAAUAA